AUGAAAGGAAUUGGCGCAUGGAUCCUUCCUAGCACCGAGAGCUACAGUAUCUUGGUCCCAAACACGCCACACCUGACUAGAGAAAUUCACUUGAGCAAUUUGAUUCCCGACAACUUCUCUAUUCUGUCCCCGCCUAAGGAAUUAAACCUCAUCGUUGGCGGGUUGACACUCGAGCUCGGCUCGGAUGGAGCCACCUUCACUGGCUACCUUGUCGCAAAUGACCCGUCACCGUUAGACCCUACGCCAGUUGGCUUCAGACUUGAAAUGGUCAAUCUGUACGCUACCCAUCAAACCGGAGGCAAUACCACUGUCCGGUUAGAUGCAACAGUCAAUCUCUAUGGCACAGACCCAACGGAUACAGCAGAGCUCUAUGCGUCGAUUACCUAUCAAUCAGGCACGUCGAGAUGGGAUCUGCUAGGCAAUAUCCAAAAUCUUCGCAUGUCCACACUUCUACAGUUUUUCCCGAGUACCGACGGCUCAACGGUCAUGACCAUCAUGGACCAUAUUGAGCUAUCGACCCUCGAAAUACAGUACUCGUACGAGAACGGACACGCAUCGUCUUUCCACAUCGUUGGUGCCUUCGUCUUCGACGUGGUCGAGCUCGAUAUGGAUUUUACGUGGAACCCGAACAACGGCUGGGCGCUGACGGCGCAACUCACGACUGCACCUGAUGCCGACACCUCCCUUCUCAAGAUGUUGAAGAGUCUGUUUAAAGACAGCAGUAUCGUAGACCUUAUGCCGUCUUUUGUGGAUGUCCCAUUCAGAAGGGAUGAAGCUACACAGCAAGGGAACGGUCUCUCGGUGACUGUGGAAAAGAUUUUCAGUCCCAAAAAGGCUGGCACCAAUGUGCCCUUCAUCAUCUUCACCGCGUCGGUGAUUCUAGGUGCAUUCCGUCUGGAUGUGGUUCAGGUAAAGCAGAUCUCUGACACCAAGGGUGCGCCGUUACCGCCAAAAAGAGUCGUUCGAGCAUCGAUCCAUUCUUUGGCCUUUGACCAGACGGAGCACAUUCCGAUCGUGGGAGAUCUAAAACAACCGUACGGUGAGCUGGAUUUUGUCUGGAUUCAUGACGCAGCAAGCAAUGGACUUACCCGCCUAGAGCUGUCAGCAAUAAACUCAGUCAGCGGCAUCUCACCCAUCAUGUUUAAGGACAAUGUGCCAGUCGCUAAGCAGAAGGAUGCAAACAUUCUGUUGGAAAGUGGAUCGCACUUCAUUGUCGCAGGCAGAGGUCCGGACGGCGGUAGUCUCGUUGGACUGGACUAUGUCUUCGGUCAGCCCAGCGACGUCACGCCUGCGCCGGCGGCCCCGAACCCGAAGGAGUUCAAGCGCCGAAUUCUGAUGGCGGCCGCCGAUACCAAAGACGAUGAACAGCCUACCGGAACGACACCGGCGAACGGAGAGACAUCAAUGGGCAAACUACAGCAAUCACAGGGACCGCUGACCAUCCAGAAUGUCGGUCUGCGAUAUGCCGACUCGACCCUACACAUCUUCUUGGAUGCAGCGGUGAAGCUUGGACCCAUCAACUUCACGCUCAUGGGCUUCGCUCUCGCGCUCAAAUUCAGCGAUGGCAUCAAUCUCCGCAACCUCUCUGGCGUGACGCCUGUCCUUAAUCUUUCGGGCAUGGCGAUCGGAUUCAACGCUCCACCUGUAGAGGUCGCAGGCCUCUUCCUGAAUGAGUCGCAGCCAAAACUUGUCAAAUACGUUGGCGGCGUAGUAAUCAUGAUGGAACCUUAUAGCUUUGUCGCUGUCGGAUCGUAUGGUGAGCACACGGCUGGAGGGAGCUCCUUCAAGUCAGUCUUUUUGUUCGCAAUGCUCGACGGGCCUCUGAUCGAACUUGAAAUCGCGGAGAUUAUGGGCAUUUCAGGUGGAUUCGGGUACAACUCAUCUGUCCGCUUCCCAACGAUCGCCGAAGUUCAGGGCUUUCCAUUCGUGAGCAGGUCAUUCGCACCACCUCCUGCAGACCCCACGGCUCUGUUGAAAAAGUUCACAGACGAAGGGAACUGGGUGAGUGACCAGAACGGACCACUAUGGCUGGCAGCUGGACUUAAAGUCAAGGCCUUUCAAUGCGUCGACGUCGACGCGGUUGUCAUGUUCGAGUUCGAUCCUCACUUCAAGAUGGCCAUAAUUGCACAGGGACGGGCCAUGAUGCCGAAUGAACCUGGCAUGAAAAAGGAAGAAGCAUUCAUCUAUGCAGAGUUUGGCAUCCUCGCCACAGUUGAUAUCAACGGUGGUACGUUGCGGGUCGAAGCAGCGCUAACUCCAAACUCCUUUGUGCUUAAUCCUGCCUGUCAUCUGGGAGGGGGAUUCGCUUUGUGCUACUGGUUUGCUGGCUCGGGGCAUGAUGGAGACUGGGUAUUUACUGUCGGCGGCUACCACCCCGCCUACCAAGUACCAGACCACUACCCGCGGCCUGACAGGCUGACGAUCUUGUGGGAUCUGGGUGCUGGCUUAACCGUGACCGGCCAAGCCUACUUCGCGAUAACUCCCAAAGCAUGCAUGGGUGGAGGCUCUCUUUCGGUCGUGCUCUCAGCAGUAAGUCAGAACACAUCUUCGUCCCGAUUUACUAGCUAA